AUGGUAGAUUACGGAUACAACAACCAGUACUCGACCUCGACCUCGUACGGUGCGAACGGUGCUGCAGAUGGUGGCGGCUUUGUGGCAGGAGAGCCACAGAGCAGUCCGGCGGGCGGAAAAGGCGGCUAUGGAAAAGACACAGUUCGUCCUGUCACGAUUAAACAGAUCCUCGAUGCGCAGCAACCACAUCCCGACGCAGAUUUUCGAGCAGAUGGAGAACCAUUUGGUCAAGUAACGUUCAUUGGCCAAAUCAGAAGCAUCAGCACUCAACCGACGAACAUCACAUACAAGGUCGACGACGGCACGGGGAUCGUUGAAGUGAAGCAGUGGAUUGACAGCGAUGCGAACCCAGACAAGAUGGACCUGGAAUCGAGUAAGCCGAGACUAGUUGAAGAUGGCUAUUGUCGUGUCUGGGGGAAGUUAAAGGCGUUCAACAACAAACGGCAUGUUGGAGCACAUAUCAUCCGGCCCAUCACCGACUACAACGAAAUCAACUAUCAUCUACUCGAGGCCACCGCGGUACAUCUGUUUUUCACAAGAGGGCCGCCAACUGCUCAAGCAAACGGCCAGAAAACCGGUGACACAAAUGGCGCGGCUGUCUCACGGCAAGAGUUCACCAGCGCUACAGAUGGUGCGCUUUCCAAUGUCUCGCCUCUUGCCCGUCGGGUGUUCAAUACUUUGAAAAACUCUGCACAAAGCAAUGAAGGCCUGCACGUCCAGAUGGUUGCUUCUCAGAUGGGAAUGCCUGUGAGUGAGGUCUACAAGGGCGCCGAAGAACUUUUGUCUCUUGGCAUCAUCUUCACAACGGUCGACGACAACACCUGGGCGGUUCUAGAGGCUUGA